AUGCUUCCUUUGCUUGGCUUGUCAAAGACCAUGUCUACCUCAAUCCUGCUGUUGACACCCUCUUUCUCGGUACGAUUGUCGACAGGCUAG